AUGCCUUCCGAACCACCAAAGCGCAAGCUGCGCGCGGCCCGCAUCCAGGUCAAGCCGGGCGAUGUGGACCUUACAGAAAAGGUCCAGGCUGGAAAGGAGUACAACAUCUGGUACAACAAGUGGGCCGGUGGCGACAAGGAAGAUGCACUGUCAAUACCCGCUGCGUCAUCUCGCGCGAUGCUGGGUACACCCGCGCCGACGCAACCAACAACCGCUUCUGCUGCCUGUUCUUUGCCCGUGGUCGCUGCCCCUAUGGGUGAAUCCGAGUGCGCCUACCUCCACCGCCUGCCAGCGCCUGGAGCCACAAGCGACCAUUCGCGCGACUGCUUUGGACGCGAAAAGCACGCCGAGUACCGCGACGACAUGGGUGGUGUAGGCUCGUUUUCGCGUACCAACCGAACACUCUACAUUGGCAAGAUGCACGAGGGGCCCGACAAGGACCAGACCAAGAACACGUUGUUGAGGCACUUUGGCGAGUGGGGCAAGAUUUCAAAGUACAACAUCUUGCAUAACCGCGGCAUCGCCUUUGUCCAGUAUGAACACGAGGGCAAUGCCCAGUUUGCAAAGGAGGCGAUGCAGUGCCAGAGCAUGGACAUGGACGAGAUUCUCAACGUCAGGUGGGCGACCGAGGACCCCAACCCAGGAGGCAAAAAGGCCGAGGACGCGCGCGUGGCCGAGGAAGGACGUAAAGUGAUCGCGUCCAAGCUGGACGACAAGCUCGUCGAGGCUGCCCAGUCGCUGCGCGCGCUGGAGGAGGGCAAGGAGGAGGACUUUUACCCCAUCCUGCCUGAAGAGCCCGAGUCUGAGGACGAGCAGCAGCAGCAGCAGCAGCAGGACGACAGCAGGCCAGUGAAGCGGGCGCGUGGCGGCGACUCGACAGGCUUGCUCGGCGGAGACGCGCUUGAAAACAUCAAGUUUUACGCCGAGCUGGCGCGCAAGCAGGCUGAAGAGGCUCGGACGCGUAAAGUGCCUGCUGCUGCGGCCAAGGCGAGCUCGGGUGUGGCGUUGUUGGGGGGUUAUGACAGUGAUAGCGAUUAG